CGCCUCCAGCACAGCCGCGAGAAACACGAUCGGAUCGCGCGCACACAAAAGCGGACGGACACACGGCGGGGGAGGCGCACAGACACACUGGAGGCGAAAGUGCACGACGACGCACGCGGGGCGUCCCUCGACUGCUUCCCGUCUGCUCGUCUCCCAGAAUGUUCUGUGCUCGAGGUCCGUUCCUCCGUCACAAGAACCACCAGCAGGAGCAGCAGCAGCAGCAGCAGCAGCACCCGCCGCCGCGUCUCCACGGAGCCUGAAGCCCAGAUGAUCACCCUCUCCGCCGACAUGGACGAGUCUUCGUCGUUACUGGAUCUCUUGGAGUGCUCGGUGUGCCUGGAGCGCCUGGACACCACGGCCAAGGUGCUGCCGUGUCAGCACACCUUCUGCCGCCGUUGCCUGGAGAACAUCGUCAGCUCCCGGAACGAGCUGCGUUGCCCCGAGUGUCGCAUCCUGGUGGACUGCGGAGUGGAUGAUCUCCCAGCGAACAUCCUGCUCGUUCGCCUCCUGGACGGCAUUAAACAGCGGCCUCAGCGAGGCGGAGCUGGAGCGGGCAGCAGGCAGCCCAUGGCCGGGGGCUCGCUGCAGAUCUACGCAGCUGGGAUAUCGGCGUCUCCUCCGGGCAAUGCCGUGAGAGAACUGCCCGUCGCUACCCGGAGCUCUCCUGUAAAGAACAUCCCAGCGUUGCCUUGCGGGAAAGCUCUCUACUCUUACGAAGGCAAGGAGCCAGGUGAUCUCCAGUUCUCCAAGGGUGACAUCAUCAUCCUACGACGCAAAGUGGAUGACAACUGGUACCACGGGGAGUUGAACGGUUGCCACGGCUUCUUGCCCGCGAGUUACAUCCAGUUGCUGCGGCCCCUAAGCCAGACUCCGCCUCAGGGCAAAGCGCUUUACGACUUUGAGGUCAAAAACAAAGACCAAGAUAAAGACUGCCUGGCAUUCAGCAAGGAUGAAGUCCUGACGGUAAUCAGGAGGGUGGAUGAAAACUGGGCAGAAGGCAUGCUGGGCGACAAGAUUGGUAUCUUCCCCAUCCUCUACGUUGAGUUAAACGAAACGGCAAAGCAGCUGAUGGAAAUCGACAAGCCCACGACAACGACCAGCGUGCCGGGUCCCAGUUCCGAGCCGUCCCCGUUGGGUCCCUGCUCUCUCGGCCCCUCCCCUAGCACCUCGCCCUCCAACGGAAACGGCCCGGGACAUCGGAGAGGCGAAGGGAAGAAGAAUGCAAAGAAGAGGCAUUCGUUCUCGGCUCUCUCCGUCACCCAGCGAGCCGCCCAACUCAAUAACAGACACAGCAUGGAGAUCUCCCACCCGAUCCUCAUCAGCUCCUCGGACCCCAGGGCCGCAGCACGCAUCCAGGACGCAUCGUCCCCAGGUCCCUCUCCUUCCUCGGCAGGGCUACUGGUGCCGCCAAAAGUGGCAUCGAUAACCUCUGAACUUUUGGCCCAUGCAAAGGUGCAGCUGCCUCUCAACAUCUACCUUGCACUGUACGCCUACAAGCCCCAGAAGGCCGACGAGCUGGAACUUAGAAAGGGAGAGAUGUACCGGGUGACGGAGAAAUGUCAAGACGGCUGGUUCAAAGGCACCUCGCUGAGAACUGCCGCGUCUGGCGUUUUUCCCGGAAACUACGUCACGCCCGUGUCCAGGGCCACAUUUGGAGUUGGCGCCACAAAGGGCUCAUGUUUGUCCAGUCCAGGAAACGGAGGAAGUGGUGGUUGCAGUCAGGUCAGCGGUAAAAUCUCGGACCCUUCUUCUCCAGGAUCCCCGGGGCCUUCUUCGUCCCGUCCCUCCACGCCGCUAGUCAACUGCGUCAGUCCCGCCUCAUCGCCGCAGAGCGCGGCGGCGCAGUUGAAAAACUGCCUGCGCUCCAGUCAGCAUUCAGUCAACCAGACACGCACUUCAAUGCAGCUGGUUCAUAGUUCUCCCGCUGGAAGUCCGGAGCGCCCCGUCGUAGCGAUAUCUUCUCUACGCUCUCAGAGCUCCUCCCCUUCACGUUGCACCGGCCAAUCAGGUCGUCCCCUCUCCAUGACGUCUCCAGGCUCCAGUUUGGGGCCUUCGCCCCUGUCGUCUCCCGCUUCACGGCCGCACCUGCCCCUGUCGUCUCCUUUGUCCUGCCUCACGCCGCCCAACGUGUCUGCAGUGCUACUCAAUGGGGAAUCGGCAAGCCCCCUGCAGCCGCCAUCCCCGGGCCCCUCUCACGCACCCACGCAGUGCGCUCUCGCCCCCAAAACUGAGAAGAAGGAAAGAAAAGCUGGAGGUUUGUUGAAGCUCCUGUCAGGGGCGGCGGCCAAAAAGAAACCACGCUCACCUCCUACCUCCCCACCCACCCACGAUCCCUCGUCGUCCACUGACCUUAUCCACCACCCUCACCACCCCCACCAUCACCACCACGCCCGCUCCGGAUCGUGUCCUAUGGUCUCUCAGGGGCGGGCCGGCUCCUGCCCCGUCGAGAUCGACAUGGCCGGGGCCGUGGGGUUGGAACCUCUGCACAGAAAAUCGGGCUCCUUGGAUACAAACUUUCCAAUGUCGCCCCCUCCGACGCGAGCCAGCAGCAUUCUCAUGGUACUCCGACCUGAACCCAAGCCCCUGUCCAGGGAAAGGUACCGAGUGGUAGUUUCUUACCCGCCCCAGAGCGAGGCGGAGAUCGAGCUUCGGGAAGGAGACGUGGUGUUCGUCCACAAAAAACGAGACGACGGCUGGUACAAAGGCACCCUGCAAAGGACGGGACAGACCGGCCUGUUUCCUGGAAGCUUUGUGGAGAGCUUUUAAAAAAAGACACACAAAAUCACUUGGCUUGAUAUUGGGCUUUCCAAUCUGCCUUAAGGAGCUGUUAACCUUCAAAAAAAAAAAAUCACAGAAAUUCAAGUGUCAGCGGUAAAAUUCUCCCUGUGGAUUUUCUUUUUUUCAGAAUCAAAACAAAAGACAGUAGCACAAGACAUCUUCAAAAGUCCUUCUCGAUCCAGCAGCACAGGAAAAAGGGAGGCCACACUUUCCCGUCCUCUGUGACUACUGAAGAUCCGCACACAGAUAAACGCUCGCACACACUCGAAGAGCACACAAAGAAAAGCUUCCCAGGUGUCGUCCACCAGCACAAGCUUCAAACUGCGACCUCAGACCUCCUCUCUGGUGCGUUCUUUCUUUGCAAAGAUCCAAACCAGGUUCAUUGUGUUUGUGGCAAUAAGCACAUUUUACUUUUUUUAAACUCGAUAUUCGUUGAUGAAUUAAAAUUCAACCAAGUGGCUGAACGAUUAAUCAAUUUACAAAUAGUUGGAUUACUUUGAUAAUCAAUUACUUGUCGAUUUAUCGAUUAAUCGCUACAUAUAUAAAUGCGUGUAGCAUUGUUUGACUCUCUUAAUUUUUUCUUUUUCUUAAUGUUCAGAUUGAUAUUUGUGUUGUCCCAAGCUGUGAUCUGUCACUGGAUUUGUUUGUAUGAAAAAAAAAAAAACUACAAAGGUGCAACAAGUAAUUUCAGCAUUGAUUUUUUUAAUAUUUAUUGAAUCUGAAAUCUUGCUAUUGUUCUAUUUAAUGUUUUCCCCAUGCACACAGUGGCUUCAUGUGAGGGAAAAAUGGCUUGAUGAAUGUAAAAAAAAGAUAUACAAACUCUUGGGAUGAUUCAUUUGUAUUGUUGAAAUCGUUUUUUUUGUGUGUUCGACGAAAGCAAGAGAUAAGAUUGCACUUGGUGACAUUUCCGACAGCCGAACUGCACUCCAUGUGAUUACCAUCAUCAGCCGUAACAAAUAUCUAGCUUCAAAGCAGCUUUUUUUUUUCUCAACAAAAUAAAAAAACAGUUUAAAGAGCAGCACAGCCAUGUGAAAAAAAGUCAAGUCGUUGACGAGGAGUCGCAAAAACUCCAAAGGGGUGAACAGAAGCUUUUCAUUCUCCAACUGCCAAAUCUUUGACAGCAACUUGGAACUUGUUGAUAUUUUUGUACAAGGUUUGCUUCAGUGAGUGUACAGUCUGCUUUAUGAAUUUUUACGUCCUGAGAGUCGGUCCAAGCUAGUUUACAUCUGUCACACUAUCUACCUUUUCCCCCCCGAGAUAGAAGCACAGCCAAACUUGAGGGUGUGUGUGUGAGUGUGUGUAUGUUUGUGACUUCUUGGGUUGAGCUUCCACUCACAGCAAACAGUCAAAAUCGAAAUGUGCAUAAAUAUCCUCAAAGGGAUGCGAGUGGAAAGUGUGAGCGAGGCAAAUUUUCAAUUGCGGCCCUAGUUGACGCUUAUUGAUUGGCUGAACAUGCCCCCCCCCCCAUGAAAUUGUUGCAGAAGAUAUAAAAAAAAAUAUUGCACCAAUUUGAACACUCAUAUCGCAAAAACAAAAUGUUUUUACUUUUCCAAGCAUGUCAAAUUGUUGAAAAAAUUGCAAGCUCUCGAUGGUGAGAGAGGUGCAUUGUGGGUAAUCCCGUGCAUCUGGUGCAACUGCAAAGUAGAUUAAGGUCAAAGUUGAAGAGGGGAUGGAUUCAUAAAUUUCCCCAAACAAUGUCAACAUGUGGAAAUAAAGCACAGAGUGUGAAAUCAUUUCUCGAUGGGAGACGAUUGUGUGUGUUUGUGUGAGAGAAUGAGUGUAUUUCAGGGGAGGCCUCGGUAUGUAGCACAUGGAGGGAAAAAAAAAAGGCGCCGUGGACGCUUAUCAGGACUGAGUCAGGUCUCUUUCAAAAAAAAAGAAAAAAUGUCUAUCUAAUUCUAUAUUGUGCAGAAUAUUUAUAGGCCUUUGGUGCCAUUGAAGUCAUGCUCUGCGCUGGCCGUACUCAGCGCGCACUACCAUGUGAUCAUGAUGCAUCGUCUUGUACUGAUGACCCGUGGUUGAUUUGUUUUUUUUUUCAUGUCAAGUGCAUUUUUCGCAAUAAAUGCCUUUGAUUUAAAAAAAAA